CGCUGGGAACUGAAAGGACAGGGUCCAGCUUCAGCGCGGGGCAUACAGGCUAUGAUGGACAACAAAGCCAUGUACCUGCAUACUGUGAGUGACCGUGACAACGGCUCCAUCUUUGAGGAACCCUUUGAUGGCAGGAGCCUGUCCAAACUGAACCUGUGUGAGGAUGGUCCAUGUCACAAGCGGCGGGCGGGUGGCUGCUGCACACAGCUGGGCUCCCUGUCGGCGCUGAAGCAUGCAGUCCUGGGGCUGUAUCUUCUGGUCUUCCUGACUCUUGUGGGAAUCUUCAUCUUAGCAGUGUCCCGGCCUCGCAGCUCCCCAGAUGACUUGAAGGCGCUGACUAGGAACAUCAACCGGCUGAAUGAGAGCUUCCGGGACAUGCAGCUGCGGCUGCUGCAGGCUCCAUUGCAGGCAGACCUGACGGAACAGGUGUGGAAGGUUCAGGAUGCACUGCAGAACCAGACAGACUCACUGUUGGCCCUGGCAGGCUUGGUGCAGAGACUGGAGGGCACACUGUGGGGGCUGCACGCGCAGGCUGCACAGACUGAGCAGGCGGUGGCCCUGCUGCGUGACCGAACAGGACAGCAGAGCGACUCCGCACAGCUGGAACUCUACCAGUUGCAGGUGGAAAGCAAUCGAAGCCAGCUGCUGCUGCAGCGGCACGCAGGCCUGCUGGAUGGGCUAGCACACAGGGUGGGGGUCCUGGGCGAGGAGCUGGCUGAUGUGGGUGGUGCACUUCGUGGCCUCAACCACAGCCUGUCCUAUGACGUGGCCCUGCACAGCACGUGGCUACAGGACCUGCAGGUGCUGGUGAGCAAUGCCAGCGCAGACACACGCCGUAUGAGGCUGGUGCACAUGGACAUGGAGAUGCAACUCAAGCAGGAGCUGGCCACACUCAAUGUGGUGACCGAGGACCUGCGUCUGAAGGACUGGGAGCACUCCAUCGCCUUGAGGAACAUCACCCUUGCCAAAGGGCCACCAGGACCCAAAGGUGACCAAGGGAAUGAAGGGAAGGAGGGAAAGCCAGGUAGCCCUGGACUUCCUGGAUCUCGAGGUCUGCCAGGAGAGAGGGGUGACCCAGGAAUGCCUGGUCCUAAGGGUGAUGAUGGGAAGCUAGGAGCCACAGGUCCCAUGGGCAUGCGCGGAUUCAAAGGUGAGAGAGGCCCAAAAGGAGAGAAAGGAGAAAGAGGAGAGAGAGCUGGUGAUAUGGAUUUCACAAUGAUUCGCCUGGUGAAUGGCUCUGGCCCACACCAGGGCCGGGUGGAGGUAUUCCACGAUCGUCGCUGGGGCACAGUGUGUGAUGACGGCUGGGACAAGAAGGAUGGGGACGUGGUGUGCCGCAUGCUGGGCUUCCACGGUGUGGAGGAGGUGCACCGGACAGCUCGUUUUGGGCAAGGCACAGGGAGGAUCUGGAUGGAUGAUGUGAACUGCAAAGGAACUGAGAGCUCCAUCUUCCACUGCCAGUUCUCCAAAUGGGGCGUGACAAAUUGUGGGCAUGCUGAGGACGCUGGAGUGACUUGUACUGCCCUCUGAAAGUGGCCACAGCCCAAGGCUAGGGCACUGCCUCAGAGCCACAUUCCUGUGUCUCUGGGAUAGGGGGAAUUGCUUGGAGCCACCUAGCCAUGGCUUGUGCCCAAUCCAACACCACCCUACCCUUGCUGCCAAUUGGCCCUACUCUGGUUCCAAGGUGACCUGGUGUCACUCUCUUUGCAGACAACUGCUCCAACGUGCUCGUGGACCUACAUUCUGUCUUUCUCUUCCACCAAGGUUUCUAAAUGGGGAGCCCCAGUCAAUUGAACCAGCAGUGUGUUCAGUUAUCUGAAGACGAUUCAUAAAGGCCUGGGGAAUCCAUAUUUUCUUUGGUCUCUUGGUUACGGAUGGAUGAUGAUAUGAUGUCAUAGGCAAGAGCAGCAAUAGAGGUGGGAGGUGUUAUGGGUCAUUUACUUUG